GCGAUGGCGGCGAUGGCGCUGGGACCUGCGGAGGCCGCCGCGGCCGCUCAUGCCCUGUCGCUGCCGGCCGAGGCCUUCGGUAACGAUCCCCGUGUGGAGCUGGUCUGGGCCAUGAAGGCUCACCAGCACGCCCAGGUCUACUUCAAUCUCAUCUCCUCUGUGGACCCCAAAUUCCUCAACCUCACCAAAGUCGAUGACCAAAUCUACAGCGAGUUCAGGAAGGCCUUCAGGGAUCUCAAAAUCGAUGUGCUUGACCCAGAAGACCUCAAAUCAGAGCCUGCCAAGGAGAAAUGGAGACCCUUCUGCCUGCGCUUCGAGGGGCUGGUGGAGGACUUCAACUAUGGCACCCUGCUGAGGCUGGACUGCAGCAAGGACUACACUGAGGAGAACACCAUCUUUGCCACCAGGAUCCAGUUCUUCGCCAUCGAAAUCGCUCGCAACAGGGAGGGCUGCAACAGCCUCCUCUACAGCAGCGCCAAGGCUCCGGCUGCAGAGGCGGCAUCGGGCUGAGGAGGGCACCAGGUCACCUGGCACCCACGUGAGGAGGGGCAGCAAGGGCCCUGCCUGGGCUUGGAAAGCUGCUGAAGGGGCAGAGCUGAGCUGUAGCUGCCCAGCUCAGACUGU